AUGGCCGAGCUCUUCAAGAAAAUCGACGAUGUGCGCGAACGGGCUCUAAAGACGGAACAGGCCAUCACGGAAAUGACGGCGGAUAUCAAGCAGUUAGAUAAUACGAAGAAGAACCUGACGCUAUCGAUGACGACGCUGAAGAGGUUACAAAUGCUGACCACGGCAUACGAGCAGCUCAAGGCGUUGAGCAAGUCGAGGCAAUACAGGGAUUGCGCGCAGUUGCUACAGGCGGUUAUUCAAUUGAUGUCGCAUUUCAAGUCGUAUCGGUCUAUCGACCAAAUCGCUACUUUGAGCCGGAAUGUAGCGGAUAUACAGAGGGAGUUGCUGGAGCAAGUUUGCGAGGAUUUUGAACUCAUAUUUGCCAAAGGGGAAAUUGCGCAGCGAAAGAAUGUUCUAUCGGAAGGGUGUUUGGUCAUGGAAGCUCUAGGCGAUGCGGCAAAAACAAGGCUCACCAACUGGUAUUGCAACACUCAGCUCAGAGAGUAUAGACAGGAGACGCUUGACUUUGAACAGUCCCUCGAUAAGCAUUUUACCACUGCUUCCCGCGCUUCAAUCGAUACGUUCACUUCAAGUGAGUCGCCCGCCUUUUCCCAAUCGAUAUCAGAAGCAUUUACGCCGUAUCUUGGUGUGUGGGUCGAGGCACAGGAUAAACAGUUGGCCACGUUCAUAACGAAGUAUCGUCAGCAACCCGUGAAGCCGGAUGAUGAAGACUUCUCUCCACAGCUGGUUAUUCAUUCCUCUACUGAUCUAUUCACGUUCUAUCGCCAUUCCCUCGCACAGUGCGCGAAACUAUCCACAGGGAAUAGUUUGGCAGAGCUAUCGAAGGUUUUUGCAAAGUACCUCGAUCAAUAUGCUCAACAGGUCUUGCUGUACCAUAUUAGCGAGCGAGCAAGCGGUCAGACUCCGUCCAAUACGCCAUCGUUGGAGGAACUCAUCAUGGUAUUGAACACAGCAGAUUACUGUUACUCGACUUGCAGUCAGCUGGAAGAAAAGAUCAAAGGUCGAGUGGACGAAAAUUUCAAACAGACCAUCGAUUUACAAAGUCAAGCGGAUUCAUUCAUGGGCAUCGCGAGCGCUGUUGUCCGUACUUUGGUCCGAAAGGUGGAAUUUGAACUAGAGCCGGCAUGGAAAGAGAUGCGGAAUACAGCCUGGAAUAAACUUGAUAGUGUUGGCGACCAGAGUUCUUACCUUGAAAUUCUUUUGGCGAAAUGCAAGGCAAAAUCCGAAGAGAUUCUGUCCAUGCUUCACAAGCAACAAUACGCACGAACUUUUGCUGAUCAUCUCGUGGAGCAUAUUUCAAGCAGCUUCAUUUCUAAUAUCUACCAAUGCAGGCCGGUUUCCGAGACCGGCGCUGAACAGAUGCUCCUUGAUAGCUAUUCACUUAAGAAUGGACUGUCCAACCUUCUCGAUCCUGCACCUGCUGGCUUUACCAAACGCCUCAACGCUACAUUCCAGAAGAUUGACACACUCUUGAAAACGCUACAAGUCCGAGCAUCGCCUGCAGAAGCCCUUGUGCAGGCCUAUCUCAUCCACAUUGCCGACAAGAACGAUAACAACUUUCGCAAGCUACUUGACAUCAAAGGGAUCCGCGGCAAAAUAGAGCAAAACCGUUUACUUGAACUAUUUCAAAUCCACAAAGCCUCUGAUCGCUAUGCUUCAAACCUCCUCGCGAGCAACCCGAUAAUCGCCCAACUACAACCACAGAGCUCAAGCGUCGCCCCACAGCCUGGGACCGCCGCACAAGGUUUGGGCUUAAGUAGCCUCGCAAACGCUCCAAGUUCGUCGCUAGGAGCUAGCACUCUCCAGACGAGGUUUGACGCGACAACAUUUGGUUCGGCGCUGAUAUCCGCCGCCCGCGACGGGGUCGAUAGGCUAGGUACUCCUGCCUUGGGAAAUCUAGUUGUGAACCAAACGUCUCCCGGAACGAGCAAUAGGAUGGAAACUCUAUCCCCAGCAGAGGCGGCUGCUGGGGGGGAUGCAAGUGAAAGUGGUUUGGCGGCGGCAGGACUACAUGCGACUAAUCUAAAUGAGAACCUGAAGAACAUUGGGAAAUUCUUCCGGAGGGAUUUGGGUGGUUUGGGAGGGAGGUUCGGGAGGGGUGGGGAUGAGGGCUCUCGUUGA